AUUAUUUGGUUUUGGAAGUUGAUAAGACAGACAAUAGGCUGUUCCCUUUGACUUCUGCUGUUUCAUCUCUGAAUAAAAAUCUAUUCAAACCUUCCAUUAUUGUGUGAUACCUCUCUCUCUCUCUGCAGAUUAAAGGAAGAAGAGAGAAAACUAUGGGAAGAGCUCCUUGCUGUGACAAAGCUAGUGUAAAGAAAGGUCCAUGGUCUCCUGAAGAAGAUGCAAUACUAAAGGAUUACAUAGAGAAAAAUGGAACCGGUGGAAACUGGAUUUCUCUCCCCAAAAAAGCUGGUUUGACAAGGUGUGGCAAAAGCUGUAGACUAAGAUGGCUUAAUUAUCUUAGACCAAACAUUAAGCAUGGUGAAUUUUCUGACUCAGAAGAUAAUAUAAUUUGCACCCUCUUUGCUAGCAUUGGAAGCAGGUGGUCAAUUAUAGCAUCUAAGUUACAAGGAAGAACCGACAAUGAUGUGAAGAACUAUUGGAACACAAAGCUCAAGAAAAAAUUCAUGUCCAUGAAUCAAUCAGUGGAGAUGAAAUCUCAACAAGUUACCCUUCUAUCCAUUCUUCAAACUUCAACAAUAUCAUCUCCAUCUCCAUCAUUAUCAUUCACAGGUUCCUUUUCCUACUCAUCAGCAGCAUCUUCAAGUCUUUUGAGUGGAAAUUCUCUUACUUCAGCACAAGAAAGUUUCACUGGUCCCUCUCAGAGAAAUAUCAAAAACCAGAUCAACCAUGUCAUAGAUCAAGAGCUUGUUGAAAAAUAUGAUGAUGAUGAUGAUGUUGAUUACCUCUAUAAUGGUGGAAGUGUUAAUCAGUGGACAGAGAAAGAAAAUGGAUUAUGGGGAGAAAAUCCAUUUGAUGAAAUUAAAGAGCUAAUAAUAAGCACUAGUAAUACUACUAGUAGUUGCAACAACUUUUUGUUUGAUGAGUAAGAGACAGAGGAAAAAGUCAUUAUGUUGUGAUGGAUGAUGCUGACUAUGUGGCUAAAUUGGACUGUGUUUGUUGUGUCUUUGUGAUGAUAUUGGUUUUUAAGUAUUGAAUGAACAGAACCAAUUUCUUUGUUUCAUAGAACAUUUUACAAGAAUCAAUUUAAGCUUGCAAAAUUCAUCAAUGACAAUGACUCAUGCCUUUCACUAAAGAGUUUAGCUACUCAUAAUCUUAAAAAACUAUAUUUCAAUACAGAAAUCUUUGAAGUAUACUUUUUUCACCAUCUCACUUUUAGAAUAUCUAAGAAAAAUAAGAUUUCCUUUUCUCUAAAUACGAAAGUGGGCAUCCAGACUAGAUUUGGUUGUCUAUACUCAUUUGGAAGCGCAAUUGGGCUUAAGAGAAUUUGCUUGAAAAUAUGUAUGGGGCAUCUAGACUCUAGCAUACGUGUUUGUGAAGAUGAGAAUUUUCCUUGGACUUUCAUGGAGUUGUAGCCUUGAAUGUAAGAUUUCAUUUGCUGUCAAUCAAACGUCGAUCGGAGUUACGAAGAUCUAGAUAGGGUCAUAAUACUACAUGUACAUCAUGAUGUAUCAUGUGAUGAAAUAGAAGUUGUAAAUCUUUCUAAAUUCACCGUGUUUCU